AUGUCCAUAUUGAGCUCGAUAACAUUGAAACUGUGUGAUUGGUUGGCAGCCCUCAGAGAGGCGGCCACUUCGUGGGACGUUUAUGUGAAGCUAGUCUACAUCAAGUACUGGGUCGUUAUCAAACUUGAUCUACUGCGAAUCCAAUUCGAGCGGAAGAUUCUCUUGAGGCCAGCUACGGAGCAUGUGGUGAAGGCUCUCCGAUCCUGCGGGAUGAGGCCAGCAGCUGAUGACUCCGCCCUCUCAGGCGGCUAUGUUGGAGCCGUGAGGAAAGUGAAAAUUGAGGCUAGCCAGAGUGAUGGGCAUCCCGAUAGUGUUGUGGUGAAGAGCAUUCCGGAGACUUUCGGAGCCCGCAUGUUCGCUGGUAUGUUCGGCAGUGCUCAGCGCGAGGCCCGGUUCUACGUCGAGAUAGCGUCAAGUCUACCGGUUCCCAUCCCCAAGGUUUAUCUGAGUAAAUGGAGUAGGGCCAGAGGAAGCGAGUUGAUUAUUAUGCAGAACGUCGGCGAUGGUUUGUUGGCUGAGGAGCUGAAGAAAUGCAAAGAUCCACAGAAAUUGGUGGAGGAAUCAUUUAAGGUCGCUGCCAGAUUCCACGCUAAAUACUGGGGAGCAACGCCGUCUACUCUCACACAGACUCUCUUAGGCCAAUACUCUUGGCUGAAGAACUGGGACUACGUACAAGGUCAGCAUGAGGCUAUGUUCACCUAUUAUAAAGGUAUAGUUGCGGGGAUGUGGUCCAAGGUCAAGAGGGCUAUCUCUACUGGCAAGGCCGGUGACCGCAAGUACACUGCCGAGUGGGAGAAGUGCCUUGUGGUUUUUAUCGACAACGCUAUUGAGUACUCCACUUGGGAGGCUUAUCAGAAGUCCUUGAGAGAGCACAAGCAUCCUCUGACGCUAGUCCAUGGUGACUAUCAUGCUGGCAAUCAACUGUGGGAUGCCGAGGCCGAAAAGCUCUACACUGUAGACUGGCCUGAAGCCUCAGUCGGGGAGGGCCCUGCUGACAUAGCCCAGUUCAUAGUUUCUAACGUGAAGACGGAUGAUCGGCGGAAAGUGGAAGAGGAACUCAUCCAUGUGUAUUGGGAUGAACUCGGCCGACAUGGUGUUGACCAUUCCUCCUAUACUCUUGCUAUGUGCCGAGAAGCUUAUGUUCGUGGGGGUAUUGAUCGCUGGGUUCAACUGCUGAUACUAAUGGCCGUUUGCGGUGUAGAUUAUCCACAUAUUCUGCCGGACUCAUUCAUGCAGUACUUUAUCGACCAGGUGAACGACUUUAUAGUGGACCACAAGGAUGAGUAUGAGGAACCGUAUAUACUAGCGACAACAUACGACGCCCCGUGGUAG